ACAUCACGUAGAGCGUACGUGACGCAGAGGGUUCAAACACAUGUUAUAAACGUAACCGGCUUUUUCUAAGCUUGAUCUUCAUCACCACACCACGUAGCAGCCGUCCAGAAACAAGUACUGUCAUCCUCCUGGUUGCUAUAGAAACAGUUAUCUUUAAUUUAUCCGGGGUUUCACCCUCUUCAGGAUCUGUCAGUAGCUGAUGAAGGUAGUUAGCACUGCUAGCAUAGCUGGUGAACUUUCAUCAUCAUCUCUGCUUAGUGACUGAGGUUCAACUUUAACCAGCUUGAGGGAGGCACCUUGGAAGGAAAAGUUGACCAUACACUCAGACUCGGGCACCGGAGCUUAACUUAAAAAUAAAUAUACAUCAGUUUUCUCUUAGCAGUGUGCUAGCCGUUAAAACCGUUCCAGUUGAGCAGCUAGGCUCACUUCCUUGUGUCGUGUUCGAGGUCAUUCUGUAGCCCCCGUCUAAAGCAGCUGUUCGCGGUAUACAAAACAUGAAGAGCCUCCCGUACUUCUGCCGAGGAGAGGUUGUUCGAGGAUUUGGAAGAGGAAGCAAAGAACUCGGAAUUCCCACGGCCAACUUCCCAGAUUCGGUGGUGGACAAUCUUCCGGCUGAUAUCAGCACAGGAAUCUACUAUGGCUGGGCUUGUAUCGGGAAUGGCGACGUUUACAAAAUGGUGAUAAGCAUCGGCUGGAACCCUUACUACAAAAACACAAAGAAGUCCAUGGAGACGCACGUCAUUCACAAAUUCAAAGAAGACUUUUAUGGACAGACUCUGAGUGUCGUUCUGGUGGGCUACAUCCGCUCAGAGAAGAGCUUUCCCUCACUCGAGGAUCUCAUAGCGGCCAUCAACAGCGACAUCGAGGAGGCCAAGGUUAAGCUGGAGCUCCCGGAGCACAUCAAGCUGAAAGAGGACAACUUCUUCACCAGCACGACCAACUCGUCUCCGGUCUCCUCCUCAUCCGCUGCGUCCACGUCUCAGAGCAUCAUCAACGGUCACUGACAGCUGGAAGAGACGGCAGCGCUGUGCCCUGAACACGUUUCUGUUCACAUGUAAAUCUGUCGGCUGUCACAUAAACAGUCAACCUCUGUUUCUUUUCACGUGGUUCUGUGUUAAAACGCUGUUUUCUGACAACUGUUGUUUGUUGAACUGUAUAUAUUCUUGCAUUAUUAUCUGGUUCUACUGUAUAUUUUGAAUCUUUUAGUAGAGAGGACAUAUAAAAAUCACUGAUCAGAUGUUUUUUUUUUUUUUUUACUUGGUGUAAACAAUGAUUUAAAUGAACCAUAAACUCAAAGAAAGAUAACUCAUUAGGUUAUCUUCUUAUACCCAAGUCAGCAUUGCAGCUUCAUUGUCCUUAAAAGAUAAUAUUGUGCAAUCCUUCGCUAUCAAAACUACAAUUAAGUUGCAACUUAUGUAACCUUCAUGAUAAGUUUUACUAUUUCAUCCUGUCAACGCCGUCUGCUGCAGAGUUUCUGUUGGAGCUGAACUAUCUGUCUCAAAUCCUACAUUUGACCAGAUUUGUGGUAUUAAAAGCAGAAUACACAAAGAUGCUUUAAGAAGUUAUACCGCAGGAUUUGAAUGUGUUGAUCCUUGAUAUCAAGGUCUUGGUUUUAUCAGCCAUGCUGAUUAAGAUGAUAAACCGUUUGGGGGCUGGGGGAGGAAACACUAAGCUUGAAUGACCAAGCAUUUUUUUUUUUCCUUUUUAUUAGUUAUAGUCAAACAUUUGCGAAUGAUUAGAAGAAUUUUUUUUUUUAGGUAUUUAAUGUGUAUAUACAGCAAAAGCCUUACAAGUCUAUGAACAUGAAUUAUUUUUUUACAUAAUCGUAUGUGAAAGUUGUACGACAAACUAUUGCCCAUUUAUAAAUAGUUCAGUUUUAUUAUGUUUUUGGGAAUGUAUUAAAAGCCCUUGGAGGAGUAUUUUCUGUUUACUGUUUAUUUUAGUUUUGGGAUGACAGGAAACUGUGGAUGCAAAGUUUUUACAUUCUCUGUAAAGCCUGUUGUAAUUGCUGGAAACCUGGAUCUGUCAUUUUUAGAUCUAUUUAAUUCAUUAAAGCCUUUCUGAGGCCUGAAAUUAUUA